GAGGGUUGUGACGUCAUGCCACCGGGGCAAAUCUCCGGGGAGACGAGCGGGGCGAGGGACAAUAGUUGCCACGGAGACGGGCGGGGCGGCGGUGAACUGAGGGACCAACGGCCAAAAGGCUUCGCUUCAUCCCAGCCGGGCUUCGGCUCUCCCGUCCCGGCACCGUCAUUAAUAAAGCCUAGGACGACGCCAGUCCUCCCUCCCCUUCCACCCUCGGCAGCAGAAGGGGGCCCGGCGGGCGGAGGGUGAGGCCCGGCCGGCUGCGCGCAGACUAGGCCCGAGAAGAUGGCGGCGUGAGGCGGAGCCCGCCCGCCGGGCGGCCAGUUCCGCAUCGUCCCCCCUCCCCUUCCUGCCGUGCCUGCGCUCUGCCCGGCCCCCUCCUCCGCCUCCUCCUCCCUCCACACCGAGCCUCCGCACCGAGAGCGCCGCUUGCUGCCGGUUUCCAGCCCCUGAACAUGGAGUGCCCCCACUUGGCGACCAGCGUCUGCAUCGUGCCGGAUUCCACCAAGUUCCCCAACGGGUCGCCGUCCUCAUGGUGCUGUGCCGUUUGUCGCUCCAAUAAAAGUCCUUGGGUCUGUCUGAUGUGUUCAAGUGUUCACUGCGGAAGAUAUGUGAAUGGACAUGCCAAGAAACACUAUGAAGAUUCCCAGAUUCAUUCCAACAAUGUCAAAAAAUCAGAAAAGCAUGAAAAAGAGAAGUUGCAGCAUGCAGUAUGUAUGGAUUGCAGCAGCUACAGCACCUACUGUUAUAGGUGCGAUGAUUUUGUGGUGAACGAUACCAAGAUGGGACUGGUGCAGAGGGUCAGAGAGCAUCUACAGAACUUGGAGAAUUCAGCAUUUUCUGCAGACAGACACUGCAAAAGAAAGCUGAUGGAAAGUUCAUCCAUGAACAACAAGUAUUUGAAACUUAAUGGAGGAACUUCUGCCAUUUGUGCUACGGGACUUCGGAAUCUUGGGAACACCUGUUUUAUGAACGCCAUCCUCCAGUCACUUAGUAACAUCCAGCAGUUCUGCUGUUAUUUCAAGGAGCUGCCAGCAGUGGAAUUGCGCAGUGGUAAAACUGCAGGUAGAAGGACCUAUCACACCAGAAGCCAGGGUGACAACAGUGUUUCCCUAGUAGAAGAGUUCCGGAAAACUCUCUGCGCUUUAUGGCAAGGAAGUCAGACUGCAUUCUGUCCUGAGUCUCUCUUCUAUGUCAUUUGGAAGAUCAUGCCAAAUUUCAGAGGAUAUCAGCAGCAAGAUGCUCAUGAAUUUAUGCGAUACUUGUUAGACCAUCUACACUUGGAGCUUCAGCGAAGCUACAAUGGUAUGACAACUUCAUUUAUUUUGCCAGACAGCUCGAGCAUCUCUUCCUCCAGUAAAUGCUGCAUAAAUGGUGUUUCAACAGUUGUCACCAACAUAUUUGGAGGAAUACUUCAGAAUGAAGUAAACUGUCUAAUAUGUGGAACUGAAUCUCGGAAGUUUGACCCAUUCCUUGAUCUUUCAUUAGAUAUCCCAAGUCAGUUCAGAAACAAAAGAUCCAAGAACCAGGACAAUGGACCAGUAUGUACUCUACGUGAUUGCCUGCGCAGUUUCACAGACUUGGAGGAGCUGGAUGAAACAGAGCUGUACAUGUGCCAUAAGUGUAAAAAACGGCAGAAGUCAACCAAAAAAUUUUGGAUUCAAAAGUUGCCAAAGGUGCUAUGUUUGCAUCUGAAGAGAUUUCAUUGGACGGCUUAUCUGCGAAACAAGAUAGAUACAUAUGUGGAGUUUCCUCUGAGAGGCCUAGACAUGAAGUGCUUCUUAUUGGAGCCUGAGAAUAGUGGUCCAGAGUGCUGUCUGUAUGACCUUGCAGCAGUGGUGGUGCAUCAUGGUUCAGGAGUUGGCUCAGGUCAUUACACUGCAUAUGCAACUCAUGAAGGACGCUGGUUCCACUUCAACGACAGUACUGUUACAUUGACUGAAGAAGAAACUGUAGUGAAGGCCAAGGCCUACAUCUUGUUCUAUGUGGAACGCCACACAAAAUCGGGAUCAGGCACCAAACUUUAAUGCAACCUAACUUUUUUUUAUAUGCAAGUGUUUCCCAGCCAAUACUGAAUUGGAACGCGCACAAACAGUUCUACAUUUCCACAAGUACUUGAUAGCUCAAGACUUCUUUUCAUCUUGCACUUUUAAAUCACUGAUGAGAAUUCUGUUUUUGCACCAUUAUUAGUGCUGAUACAGCAAUCGAGGACAGCUGGUCUAAUUUUAGCCUAUCACAGAAUAUUUUGAAAUCUGUAGUGGUUGAACUUGAUUAAGAAUUUGGUAGCUCUGACGUUGAAAUUUGAUAUUUUAAAAUGGCCUCUUUAGUGUAAAUUGUAGGAUAGCAUUUGCUGCCCUCAAGGUGCAUUUACAUCAGCGUUUAUUCAAAACUCUCACAAAACAUCUUGAUUUGUGACAUCCAAAUUAAAUGUUGAUUUCAGCAGUCUGUUUCCCUGUGGUGGACAGAGAGACUGAAUGAUUUGAAUAACCGCACAAGACUAAUAAAGUGUGUGGGCAGAUUACUUGAGGUUUUUUUUUUAAGUAGGCUGCUACUAUUUUCUUGUCUCCUUCAAACAAGUACUGUGUAUAUCCAGGACCUGGUCUCAGUAUUCUCAGAUACAUAAAGUGUAAAUGCACCUUGACUUUGCAGUGCUAUAUCUUAUACACUUGUAUCUGCCCAAGAAUUUUUUUUAAUGAAAACAGAUCAUUGUGUAAUUUUAGUUGCCAUUUCUCAUGUGACCAUUGUAAACACUGGUAACCCAGAACAAAGGCAUUCUGCUCCACACACACCUGUGCUGCACAAUUAAAUUUGUGCUUUUACAUUUUAGUUUGGAUAUUCAACUUUGGUUUUUAAAAAUCGCACCAUUUUUCUGAUGUAUCGCUAGACACUUUUGAAUCUUUCAGAAAACAAGUUUUUUUUAAAAAGAAAUAAUGGAGCAAAAAAAAACAACUGCUGAGUUUUUAAAAAAAAAGGACUCUCAUUUAUCCCGAUACUUUGCUGGGCAGAGUAGGGUUUGUGUACAGCUGUCUGCAUCACUCAGUGGCAAUGAAUUGCUAAGAUUUGAUUGGAUGCAGGCUGGGAAGAAUGGCUUGUAAUUUGUGGUUUUUACCUGAUAAAGAGAAAUGAAAAGAUGCCAGGUUACUUGAGAGGAAACUGGACGGUGGCAUAUCUUUAAUAAAUUGUGUACACAACAUGAAACAGUGGGGAUAGCUAUCAGAAAACUUUUACUCAUGUAAAAUGGUAUAUUUUCAUGCCAGAAUAAAGUCCUUUUUAUCGAGGGCACAUUCUCAUUAAUUCUGUUAUGGUGGCCUAAGUAGUGUUUUUGGAACUGAAUGUUUAAAUCACAUAAUGAGAUGAAAUGAUGUAUUUGCAUGCGGAUGUACUGUACCAGGCAGCAGCUGCAGAAGAACAAGCCAACAAAAGCAGUUGGGAGGUUUUCAACAGAUCAGUCUCUUAAAUGUGAAAACACACAUUCUAAACUUGAAUCUGCAUAUUAAAACUGUACAAACUUAUUUAAAUGUUAAUGUUUUUGGUUGCAAAAUAUGAACUGACAUAGUAAUAACAUGAGAUUUAUUCAGUUUAAACCCCACAAAACCUGAUUGUAUAUGUACUACUAUGGCUGCUUAUAAUGUUAUGUAUAUUAGUAAAUGUUCAUGUAUUGUUUCACUGAUAGUAAAGUGCAAUGUUAAUGAUGCAAAACUUUGUAUUUUGUCUUUAAUUAUAAAUCUUGAUGCAAUAU